GGAGCAGAGAGUCGGAAUCUCCGCCCCUCACCGACCUCGCAUUCCAGAGAUUCCCACACUCUAAGCUCACCUGCAGUUUCCUUCACCACUUAACAACCCGCUUUCAUGGGCAAUACAACAGAAAAGCACUGUAGUGCAUACAAAUUGAGCUCAGCAGUGAUGAGUGGAAGGGCUCUGCAUACAUUCAUUACAAACUACAGAGCAGAAGAUGUGGAAAAACUGACGGUGCGGAUGAAAAAUGGUCUUGGCAGCUCAAAGUACAAACCGGCAGAAUACAAAAGACUACAAGCCAUUGUUGAUGCCAAACGCCUGGAGUCUGAUCUAAUUGGAUUAAAGGUUCAGAAGACUCGUUGUGCAGCCAAGGCAACCAAGGAAAGCUCCAUAUUACGGCAGCACAGACAGGUGUGGAGCAGAGUGUGCCCCAGGCUGCAAAAAGCUGAGGAGAAGGCUGAGAACGAGAUCCAUGAUUUUCUAGAGCAGAUCAGACCAAAUGGUAGAACAGAUACUGCCAUCUUCUCACUUCAAGAAUAUGGGCUGCUCCUAAAGAGGGAGCGGGAGGCAUUCAGGAUAGCGACGGUGGAGCCUGUUCAUCAGCUCAAGGAUGACCUGUGCUUCAGACUGAGUGAAGUACAACACCAGCAGCCCACUGCCCAUCGAUCAAACUGGGAACAAGUAAUAGAACAGAUAAACUUUGUGAAGGACCAGCAAGAUGACAUAACUGCAAAACUUCAUGCAGAGUACCUGGCCUUGGAGGAGGAGAUCAUUGGCCUUGGCUUAGAGAAAUAUCUUAUGAGUACUUCAGAUAAUCUGGUAAACGUAGAAUACAUUCCAGAGGAGGUUUUGGAUUCAGACUGCCCUUACCCAGAGCUGAAGGCCUCCCUGAUCCAGGCCUUCCACUCCCUGUCAGAAUGGUCCCAAAGCAGACUGCAAAGUCUGCAAGAUCAACUGCAGAGAACCGACAGGUUCUGUGGCUGGUGUGCAGAUGACCACCAAUGCUUCCAGUUCACUUUGUCUCAGUACACUCAUGACAUACCCAACCAUAGAGCACUCUGCAUGGACAUGCUGCAAAGACUCUUCCCUGAAACAACUAGACAAGAGCUGAUAGAGCAUGAACGUGUGUGGGACUGGCAGGGCUUCACCCAGGCACAGCUAGGAGUGGUGACCCAGCAGUGUCAGCGGGACCAGGAAGAGCUGCUGGCCAGAGCCCUGGUCACCCUGCAGGAGGCGAGAAAUGCCCACCAGGAGGAGCUGGAGCUCCACAGAGGCCGCCAGCACCAGCAGGACAUCUGCUCGGAUCUCAGAGAGAAGCUGCAGCAGUGGCGGGCCCAGCAGGAGGAGGUGGCGAAGCUGGAGGCAGCUAUAGCUGCUAGACAACAAGAGGAGGAAGAGGCGAGGCUAAAGAGGGAGCAGGAGAAGGAGGCUGCCAUCAGAUCCCAGCACAAAGAAAAAGUCAGGCAGUUUUAUUUGAUGCAGCAGAAAAGGAGAGAGAUGCUGGAGCAGAGGGAUCAGGAGAGACUUGCUAACCUGAGGAGCGUCAUGGAAGAACAGGCAAGGCGAGAUAAAGAGAGGGUUCAGUUUCGGGCAGAUAUGUUGCAGCGGCGAAGGGAGGAGAAAGAGGUGCAGGAGCUUGAGCGGCGGAGAGAAGAGGAAGAGAAACAGAAUCGUCUGGAAGCUCUCAGAAACCAGGUUGGGGUUAUGGCAGAGGCAGAUCCAGAGAGGAUGAUGGCAGAUACAGAGGCUUGGAGGAGUCGACACUUACAUGUGAAGGAGUUUGAUCUCCAAAGGCCUCUCUUCAGUAUUAACACGUACACAGACACACAGAUUGUGUCUGAUCCAAGAGUGCGGGUUGAGCAGGCUCUGCGGCAGGCUGGUCUGCACCACAGUCAGUAUGCCAAAGAGGUCCUGUCUGUUAUCACGCCCCUUAAACCGGCAAGAAGAGAUACCAAAUCCACACUCAAAUUCUGACCUGGGGCUUGUUUGGGGUCACAUUAUAAAGUCCAAAUCUUGUUCCGGUAUUGAGCAUUAUAUUGAAUGUGAAUGUGAAGUUAAUCAGUAAGUACGUAAGUAUGUACGAUUUUAUUAAUAUAUCACCUUUUAAAACUAAGUUCUUCACAGGAUACAGAUGCAGACAAAUAAGACACAUACAUAUACAGCUAUAAACAGAAAGGACCCUAUUGGCAAAAGCGCAAUCAUCCUUGGAUAUGAGGAGGGAGUAGGCUGUGAAUAAAAGACCUUGGUUAGAUGAUCUCA